AUUGCUCGCAGCGCGAGUGGGGUUGAUGCGAAAGCUACUUUUUCACAAGGCUAAGGAUCCAAACAAAACAUGAAUUCGUUGCAUUCUCAUGAACUACACUGACUGCGAUGGCGACUUCACAAUGGGGAAAACAUGACUCAAGUUCAGGGGGACAACAAGAGAGAAAAAGAAACAGCAUGUCCCUCCCUAUGGAAUUUUCUGAGCUGAGGAUUGUCAUAGUGGGGAAGACAGGAGCAGGGAAGAGUGCAUCAGGAAACACCAUCCUGGGAAGAACAGAGUUUGAAGUAAAUUGUGCUGCCCAGUCGGUGACCAAACAAUGUGAUAGGAGCAGUGAGAGGGGCAUCACAGUCAUCGACACCCCUGGUCUGUUUGACACUCUACUCUCAGAGUCUUCAGUGAGGACCCAACUAGUGGAGUGCAUCGCCCUCUCCUCUCCUGGACCCCAUGUCUUCCUGCUUGUUGUCCAAAUUGGUCGUUUUACAGAAGAAGAGCAGAAUGCUGUUAAGAGGAUCCAGGACAUCUUUGGAGAGGCAGCAGUGAGACACACCAUGGUCCUGUUCACCUGUGGAGAUAAAUUAAAAAAGAAGAGCAUUGAGGAGUUCAUCCAAGAGGCUGGUGCAAGACUAAAGCAGCUCAUUGAGACAUGUGGAAACCGAUACCACGUCUUCAACAAUGAGAACAUAGACGACCGUGAGCAAGUAAAGCAGCUGAUGAACAAAGUAACAGCCAUGGUGAAAGAGAAUAAAGGGAGCUGUUACACCAACGACAUGUACCAACAAGUGGAGAAAGCCAUCCAGAGGAGAGGGGAAGAACUGAAAUGGGGGUAUGAAAAAGAACUGAAAGAGAAGGAAGAUCUGGAGUCAGAAUUAGAGCGAGCAAUGAAGGCACUGGAUCUGAAAGACUCUGAUUUACAAGAAAAACAGAAAGAGAUAGAUGACCUGCAGGGACAAGUGAAACAGAUUAGAGAGGACAAAGACUUGCUAAAAAAGAAGAAACAGAGAGUCAGAGAAAAGGCAGAAAAAGACUUUGACAAGAAAAAUAUUGUUUUUGAAUUCGCUAGAAAAUCUACUGAACGCUGUACCACACAAUGAUGUUGUAAAAGAGCAGAGCCUUUUGGCAUGUUGUCAUUAUGAACGUAACGUUUGACUUCAUAACUAUCACUCCUUGGUUUGGGCAGCCAUGUUAGCCUUAGGCAGCCAUUUUACUGUAAGUGAUUAGACAUGGACUCUGCAAGAACAACAGCAGCCAGAAUUUGAGCACUAAUGUUGCACAUUAUUCCAGUUCAAACACCUGUAUUAUCAGCCAGACAAAGACAAUGAUAUGAAUAAUGAUUCUGUUGCUUGCUUUUUGCAUAAUGCUUGCUUACAUAAUGCAAUAUUAAUCUCAUGUUAAUGUAAAUUGUAUGAUGAAUAUAUUUUUAUAGAAUACAUUGCAUUGUAUCUUUUGAUAAACCUUCCAUUUUGUAGUACAGCAUCAAUGUCCUUUGUUUUUACUCUUCAUUAGUGUUUGUUGGGUUUGCACAGAAAGGCACUGAGCAGUGUAAUAGUAAAGAAUAGUGUUGGUGUAAAAAUAUAACAGUAAAAAAAAUAAUUAAGUUAAUUUUAAUAUUUGUUCAUUUUUGGUCAAGAAAUGUCACCAACCACGAAAGCAAUAUUUUUACAACAUCAAUACAAUGUCCAUGAAAAUGAUCAGCCAUUGUUGACUAUACAUAUUACAAUACCUGAUGGAUAUUACAAGUGGUAUUUUCAGUGGCCCUUUAUUUUAGUGCCAUGAAAUAAUUAGGAAAUUAAUAUGAACUAUUUGUGCUUAGUCAUUCAUCCUUCUCCUGAUGAGGAAUGGUAGCUGUUUGUGCCUAUAAAGGAGGAGUGUGUGUGUGUGUGUAUAUACAGUUGAUGUCGGAAGUUUACAUACACUUCGGCUGGAGUCAUUGCAGGGCGCCAAUUUCAAACAACAAAUCUCAUAAGUAAAAUUCCUCAAACAUACAAGUAUUAUAUAGCAUUUUAAAGAUAAACUUCUUGUUAAUCCAACCACAGUGUCCGAUUUUCAAAAAGGCUUUACGGCGAAAGCAUACAAUGUGAUUAUGUUAGGUCAGCGCCUAGUCACAAAAAACAUUAGCCAUUUUCCAGCCAAAGAGUGGAGUCACAAAAAUGAGAAAGAGAGAAAAUGAAUCACUAACCUUUGAUGAUCUUCAUCAGAUGGCACGCAUAGGACUUCAUGUUACACAAUACAUGUAUGUUUUGUUCGAUUAAGUUCAUAUUUAUAUCCAAAAAUCUCAGUUUACUUUGGCGCGUUAUGUUCAGUAAUGUUUUACCUCCAAAACAUCCUGUGAUUUUGCAGAGAGCCACAUCAAUUUAUAGAAAUACUCAUCAUAAACGUUGAUGAAAGAUACACGUGUUAUGCAUAGUAUUAAAGAUUAACUUCUCCUUAAUACAACCGCUGUGUCAGAUUUCAAAAAAGCUUUACGGUGAAAGCACACCAUGCGAUAAUCUGAGUACAGCGCUCAGCCACCAAAACAAGCCAUACAUAUACCCGCCAUGUUGUGGAGUCAACAAAAGUCUGAAAUAGUGUUAUAAAAAUUCCCUUACCUCUUCAUCGGAAUGCACUCCCAGGAAUCCCAGUUCCACAAUAAAUGUUUGUUUUGUUCGAUUAUGUCCAAAUACCUCCCUUUUUGUUCUCGCGUUAAGUUCACUAAUCCAAAUGCACAAAGUGCGGGCACGAAGUCCAGACGAAAAGUCAAAAAAUUCCAUUAACGUUCAGAGAAACAUGUCAAACGAUGUAUAUGAUCAAUCUUUAGGAUGUUUUAAUCAUAAAUCUUCAAUAAUAUUCCAACCGGACAAUUCCGUUUAGAAAGGAAAGGGAACGGAGCUCGUGCUCACGGCCGCGCGUGAUAAACACCUCAGGGCUUUUAGCUGAGCCACUUACUGUGAAUGGUCUUAUUCUCUCCCCUUUCACAAUAGAAGCCUGAAACAACUUUCUAAAGACUGUUGACGUCUAGUGGAAGUGUCGGGAAGUGCAAACUGACCCCAUUUACACUGGAUAUUGGAUAGGCAUCACUUGAAAAACUACAAACCUCAGAUUUCCCACUUCCUGGUUGGAUUUUUUUCAGGUUUUCGCCUGCCAUAUGAGAUCUGUUAUAUUCACAGACAUCAUUUUAACAGUUUUGGAAAGUAGUAGCAGGUUAUUUAGUUCGGGCUCGCUCAUCCAAAAUUCCAAAUGUUGCCCCCUAAUCUAGUGAGGCUAACUUGUUUUUCAACCACUCCACACAUUUCUUGUUAACCAACUAUAGUUUUGGCAAGUCGGUUAGGACAUCUACUUUGUGCAUGACAGGUAAUUUUUCCAACAAUUGUUUACAGAUUAUUUCACUGUAUCACAAUUCCUGUUGGUCUGAAGUUUACAUACACUAAGUUGACUGUGCCUUUAAACAGCUUGGAAAAUUCCAGAAAAGUAUGUCAUGGCUUUAGAUGUUUCUGAUAGGCUAAUUGACAUAAUUUGAGUCAAUUGGAGGUGUACCUGUGGAUGUAUUUCAAGGCCUACCUUCAAACUCAGUGCCUCUUUGAUUGACAUCAUGGGAAAAUCAAAAGAAAUCAGCCAAGACCUCAGAAAACAAAUUGUAGACCACAAGUCUGGUUCAUCCUUGGGAGCAAUUUCCAAACGCCUGAAGGUACCACUUUAUCUGUACAAACCAUAGUAUGCAAGUAAAAACACCAUAGGACCACACAGCAGUCAUACCGCUCAGGAAGGAGUCACGUUUUGUCUCCUACAGAUGAACGUACUUUGGUGCAAAAAGUGCCAAAGUCAAUCCCAGAACAACAGCAAAGGACCUUGUGAAGAUGCUGGAGGAAACAGGUACAAAAGUAUCUAUAUCCACAGUGAAACGAGUCCUAUAUCGACAACCUGAAAGGCCGCUCAGCAAGGAAGUAGACACUGCUCCAAACCCGCCAUUAAAAAUCCAGACUACGCUUUGCGACUACAUGGGGAAAAAGAUUGUACUUUUUGGAGAAAUGUACUCUGGUCUGAUGAAACAAAUUACCAUCGUUAUGUUUGGAGGACAAAGGGGGAGCCUUGCAAGCCGAAGAACACCAUCCCAACCGUGAAGCACGGGAGUGGCAGCAUCAUGUUGUGGGGGUGCUUUGCUACAGAAGGGACUGGUGCACUUCACAAAAUAGAUGGCAUCAUGAGGUUGGGAAAUUAUGUGGAUAUAUUGAAGCAACAUCUCAAGACAUCAGUCAGGAAGUUAAAGCUUGGUCGCAAAUGGGUCUUCCAUAUGGACAAUGACGCCAAGCAUACUUCCAAAGUUGUGGCAAAAUGGCUUAAGGACAACAAAUUCAAGGUAUUGGAGUGGCCAUCACAAAGCCCUGACCUCAAUCCUAUAGAAAAUGUGUGGGCUGUACUGAAUAAGCGUGUGCGAGUAAGUAGGCCUACAAACCUGACUCAGUUACACCAGUUCUGUCGAGGAAUGGGCCAAAAUUCACCCAACUUAUUGUGGGAAGCUUGUGGAAGGCUACCCGAAACGUUUGACCCAAGUUAAACAAUUUAAAGGCAAUGCUACUAAAUACUAAUUGAGUGUAUAAACUUCUGACCCACUGGGAAUGUGAUGAAAGAAAUAAAAUCUGAAAGAAAUAAUUCUCUCUGCUAUUAUUCUGACAUUUCACAUUCUUAAAAUAAUGUGGUGAUCCUAAAACAGGGAGUUUUUACUAGGAUUAAAUGUCAGGAAUUGUGAAACACCUUAGCCAAAUACAUUUAAACUCAAUUUAUGUAAACUUCCGACUUCAACUGUAUUGCUAGCUGAUUCAGCCUGACAGACAGGACUAAACCCAAAUUCGGGUAAAUAUGAACUGAUUGACUCUCAUAUGUGCAAUACCUAAGCAUAUCUUUAUGGUCAUCACUGAGGGUAACAAGUAAAACCUAUAUUCAUGCUGUUAGUAGUAAUGCUAAAGGACAUUUCUGAACAUCCUGUCCUACAAAUUGUGAGAGGAGAAAUUAGUUAAUGUGUGUUCUCUGUCUUGGCUGAAGAGCUUGGCUGCCCUGAACAUUUCCAGUUAAAAUGUCUUCAGGCCAAUUUUCCAGGCUGAUAGGAAAGGCAAGGCUAACUUUCACUCUCUUCUUAUCUCAGUCAAUUCCAUUUCCAUUCCAGUCAAUUCAGGAAGUACACUGAAAUCCAUUUCUAAUCAAUGCCUUUCAAUUAUAAGAAUUACUAAAUUGGAAUUUGGUUGACAUUCUGAAUUGAAAUGGAAUUUACCCCGAUCAUGCUAUCAGUUCUUCAAAAAGUCCCCCUGUUUCAAACAUUUAGAUUUGCUUUUUUCGAGUGCCUAGUAUCUAUGACAGUCCCCUUACAUUUGUUCUGUGUAGAUGUGUUUGCUGUUUUGCCUGCAAGAUUAAAGAAUAUUAAACAAUA